UCCGUCUCUCAAACACAUUCCCUGUUCCUUGCUCAGCUCCCGUUCUCUCGUCGUGUCUCCUUGAUUUUCCCCGCUAAAUAUCUCCAAUCACUUUAGCCGUCUCUCAUUACUACUGUCGCUCAUCCAGCCACUGGUUAAUUACCGGCCAUCCUGCAUUCUCCUUCCGCGCUUAAUUCCCAUAAUGAGGUCGCCAGGUCUUAUUUCUUUCGUCUGUCGUCGGGUGAUUAGAGGAUUAUGUCCUGCACGUGACUCUGUUAGGCUGACACCAUUACACCAAAUUUCCUAGUGCUGAGGGAAUCAUACCACCCUACAUAACACUCUACAUGCUAGUGCUUCAUUUCUUUGAGUCUAAACGCUAAGCAUCCAUCGUCAUCAUCUGUCCGGGAUUGGAAUCAUUCUGUAGCUCCUCCGCUGCAGCUACCAUUGGCCUAUGGCGCCGGCCAUGCCACGCAAAAAUCGAGUGUGGACGCGGAGAGAACUCGAAGGAUUGAUAGCAGAUGGCCAUAAGAUCAUAAUAUUGGGUGACCAGGUACUCAAGGUCGACGCGUGGCUACCAUAUCAUCCAGGCGGCAAUAAAUCCAUAUUGCACAUGGUUGGUCGGGAUGCAACGGACGAAAUCACCGCAUUGCACUCAAAGGAAGCACAGGCGCAUAUGCAAAAUUAUGUGAUAGGAAGAACACACGGAAAAUGGGAAAAUUUCUUGCCUCCGAUACAGGGAGGAACGUUCAGAACGCUGGUCUCGAAGGAUGUCGACGACGAAGCGGUAUCUGCCGAAGAAGAUGUCAGCUCAUCUGGACAAUCGACACCACCAUCAACAGUCUUCGAUUCCGAAGAGACAGGAGACCAAGUUCGUCUGAGGCGCGCAAGAAAUGAUACACCCAUUUCCAGAGCUUCAUCGUUAUCCCCAUCAGAGCCGGAGCUGGGGAAUUUCGGAUCUGCGGAAGCGUCAAUCGCCCACGCCAUAUCAUCUGACCUCUCAAAAUAUCCUCGUCUGGAUAAGAGGUCCCAAGACGAGGUCGCCUCAAAGUACCGCCAGCUCGACGAAAAGUUGCAAUCCGAAGGACUCUACGAGUGUCCGUAUAGCUCUUAUGCUGUCGAAUUUAUUCGAUACUUGAUUCUCUUCGUUCUCUUUUUGACAUGUCUUCGCUAUUCCUAUUACGCUUUUUCGGGCCUUUUCCUUGGAUUACUCUGGCACCUGCUUGCAUUCACCGUCCACGACGCCGGUCACCUAAGCAUAACCCAUGGAUUCCACACGGACAGCUGCAUCGGGAUUUUCAUUGCCGAUUUCCUCGGUGGUCUAUCAAUCGGUUGGUGGAAGCGGAAUCACAACGUGCAUCACAUAGUAACCAACUCCCCCGAGCACGAUCCGGACAUCCAGCACAUGCCGUUUUUCGCCAUCUCCUCUCGAUUCUUUAGUUCCCUGCGCUCGAGCUACUACGACCGUGAUAUGGAGCUCGACGCUGCAGCACGGUUUUUCAUCAAGUACCAGCAUUACCUCUACUAUCCCAUACUGUUAUUCGGCCGUUUCAACCUGUACCGCCCCCGGAAAGGCGCAGCAUGGUGGCAUCGCUACCUUGAAAUGGCCGGUCAGGUAUUCUUCUGGUACUGGUAUGGCUACCGGACGGUAUACCUCUUGAUCCCGACGUGGUCGUCCCGCAUCAUGUUUGUGCUCAUCUCGCAUAUGGUCACCGCCACGUUGCACGUACAACUCACACUCAGUCACUUCGCUAUGUCCAGCGCCGAUCUGGGCGUCGAUGAGUCAUUCGCUCAGAAGAUGGUGCGGACGACCAUGGACGUCGAUUGCCCGCCGUGGUUGGACUUUGUGCAUGGCGGGCUCAACUUCCAAGUCGUGCACCAUCUCUUCCCUCGCCUCCCGAGGCAUAACUUGCGCCGGGCGCAGCCGUAUGUGAAGGAGUUCUGCCGCGACGUUGGAAUUCCCUACGUCAUAUUUGGUUUUACGCGGGGGAACAAGGAAGUCAUCAGCAGACUGGGCGAGGUUGCCCAGCAAUUGAGGGUAUUGGAGGAAUGCAGAAAGGUUGCUGCGAAGGAUUUGAUUGAGGGCCGCCAUGGCCAUUGA